UAAAAAGUUAGGAUGGGGGUGGAUUCUUUCCAACUGCAGAGCUACAUUUAGCCGGAAAUAAUUUGAAUUUGGGAUCUCUGAAUCUGUGGUGACUGUGCUGUGCAAACCUCUCCAAACCACCCAACAUGAAUGUGAAAAGUUCCAUAUUAAUUGCUCUUCUGGUUGGGGUAACCUGCAUCAACUGGUCUUGGGAAAAGCCAUCGUCAAUAAUUAACAGAUGCAAGUGCAGAGGUGGCACAACUCGACUGAGCCCAAACAGCAUUCAAAAACUGAUGAUCCUGCCAAUUCCAAACUGCCCCCUGCAAAUUAUAGCCACUUUGAAGAACAAUGGUGACCAGAUCUGCAUUCAUCCUAAAACAAGAUGGCUUCGUUUCAGAAACAGAAAUCUGAAAUCCAUGAUGUAAAGGCUACGAAGAUGUGAUGAUCCUCAGUGCUGAUGCAACUACAGAAAACUGAGAUACCCUUAUGUAUUCCAUGCAGACUGCCAUCAUGCACAGUAUAUUACCCAGUAACCAGCCUUACGAUAUGAUUUACGAGCUGAAUAUCUAUAUAGGAAUACAUGGAGACCUGUGUCUUAAGGUUCUCUGUGACAACCACUUUAUUAGCCGUUCGUCUAGAUAUGUCACGUCAACCUUAAGUUUUAAAACUUGAAAAGAACCUAAAAGAGCUGAGCACUCGCAUCACAGUUUCAAUCCUGCAGUUUUGAUGAGGUUUAAAAGUUGCCAUUGUGACAAUGCAACCUGCAGGCUUUGCCUAGUAAUAUACAUGAAUCUGGCUACCCAACAGCUUCUAUAAAAUAAGCAAGCUUUGAACUCAGUCAACUUCUUAUAAUCUCAAAGGUGCAGUUACUACAGAACAAACCAAGAUUAUUUGAACCCUCCGACCCAGUCAUAAGUUCAGUGGGAGUUUAAUGGAAAUCGCUGCUUUCCCUGAGAAAUCUUUUGGUCUCCCACCAGGGUCUUAGUUGGAGCUAAACUGGUGGGAUUUAAGUUUAAUCCACAAAUUACAUAUGCACACUUGAGUUUUGCAGAAUCCUGUAUUCUGAAUAAUAGCAAAGAACUUGCAGGAAUUGGCAAAGUUUUGGAGCGGAGAGGUAGAACAAGAUAUGCAGUUUAAAUGCCACAGCAGUAAAGAGUUCUCACUCACUGCAAGACAGAUGCAUCAUUCCACAUCGAAGCCUUGGCGCCAAGGGGGAAAUGAUGCAUCUAUCCCAGUGCACAGGGUAAGGAAACCUAGCAGGAAAAAUAAACAUAAUAGCAGUCAAUGGCAGACCCACAAAACAUUAAUAAUAGUCAGAAUGUUUAGGUGAGAAGGUAAUCUCUUGGCGUUUUGGUCUGCUUCUUGCAAAACAUAAACAUAUGUUGAUAAUGUCAAAAAAAAUAGAAAAUAUAUUUUCUCAUUAAGUGUUAAUCAUGUAAAACAAAAAUCAAGCUUUAAUUCUUUCAGUUUGUAAACUUUAUAAAUUGUGGGGGCAGGAAUGCCUUUCAAAGUGCUCAUUUGGAUCAGUUGUAAGUAGUCUUACUUUUAAGUCAAAAAAAUUAUGUCCUCGACCAGCUUGUGACCCAAAAACCUAAGAUUUACACUGUAGUGCUGUAUUGAGGUGAGCUGUUGAUUUCAAUCCCCUCUUUGUACAGACAUUAGCAACACUGCAACAAUAAUCAGAUGUUAAAACCCUGGCCCACAACAGGUCAAUCAAUCAUCUAUCCCACAGCAGCUUAGGAGAUCUAGCUGUGUGCACAAUGUGUUUGCAAUGAUAUUGACCAUGUUUCAAAUUAUUGUGUGCAAGAUGCUCAGUGCCACUCAAAGCUGUGAUGAGAUGAUUUUUAUAAACCCUGAGGAUAAUCCCAGUGGAAAAUCUUUGAGUGAAGAAUACCAAAAUGCAAAGGUUUUUUUUUUGUUUGAAGAAUAUGCAUGAAAGCAUUUAAACCAGUUGGAACACAUUUAAAAAGAUUAUAUUAAUAUCAUGUAAUCGAAGCUACUGACAACAGCAUAUAUACUGCAAUUAUUGUUGAUAUAAAUUCAGUUAUAUUAAACAGUAUCAAUGUCUGGGGUGGGAGGGACAAGCCAGAUUUAUUUAGAGAAAUUUGAAACAGGGUGGUCUGAAUAAAAACUGAAUUACUUUCAGAAAUCAAUCUAGAAUGCCCCAGGGAACAGGUAUAUUCUAUAAGCCGGUCAUUAUAAGCAUAAAUCUGCAUAAUGGUACUGAUUUCUCCUUCUUACACAGUGAUCUGUACCAACUAUUGAUUUUGUCCUUGAAUAUUCUACAUUGUUUUCCAAAUAUUUCACAAGUACGGUAACAAGCUGUAAUUGGGAAUUCUGAUGCCUUUCUGUCUGACUGCAUUCUUGAGUCAGGUUUACUCAUUGUAACACAAUACAAUGCUACUUUUAUAGGGUUCCUUCUAAUUCUUUCUAAAUUUACAAAGUCUUUGUGCUGACUCCCAGGAGUUCAGCUUGCUUUGUUUCUGGCCUCUGUCUUGUUUCCUGCCCCAAAUCUAUGGUUGUUGCAAAGGAAAGUGAAGAAUUUGUGCAAGUUACAGUUGCUGCCAGAAAUGUUUAUUCAGAUAUUCUCUUCUCUGGAGUUCCCUAAAAUGUGGAAAAAGAUCUUAUUCCCCCGGAAACGCUUUCUGUUCAAGCUAUGCUUUUGAGCAAUGGUUAUACAAAAUAAAAGCAUUUUGAACUUAA